UUGGCGUCCGGCAUGGUUGGUCCUCUUUUCCCAAAAUGGCUUCAAACUCAAAAUUAUUCUUACCAGCUUGAUAUUUCGAACGCGGGAAUUUCCGAUAUCCUUCCAAGUUGGUUUUGGAGUAAUGCAGAAAUUAUUAAUCUCUCACAGAACCAAAUAAGAGGAAUAGAAGGUCCAAUUCCCUCAACUCCGUCACGAGUCUAUCAUCUGGAUCUCUCUAAUAAUAACAUUUCAGGGUCGCUUUCUUUCCUAUGCGCAAGUGCAGAUAUGAGUUUAACAUAUCUUAAUCUUUCAAGCAACAGUUUUGCUGGAGAACUUCCAGAUUGCUGGAGCCAUUUGGAGACACUAGUCAUGCUUGAUUUGAGUAACAACGCUUUUUCUGGAAAAAUUCCCACGACAAUAGGCUCUUUAUUUCAAAUGCAAACUUUGAAAUUAAGAAGCAACCGAUUUGUUGGAGAAUUGCCUUCAUCGUUGAAGAACUGCGCAAGUUUAGAAGUUAUUGAUCUGGGAGAUAAUAAAUUAUCAGGACCAAUACCUACAUGGUUAGGUGUGAGCUUCAAGAAUUUGGUUAUCCUGAUGCUUUCCACUAAUCACUUCAAUGGAAGCAUGCCCUCGCAAUUAUGCCAUCUAACACACAUUAAAAUUAUGGAUUUCUCUAUGAACAUCAUCUCUGGAAGCAUACCCAAAUGCCUCAACAAUUUGACUACUCUGGCUCAAAAAGGAAAUCCAAGUCUAUCCAGCACACAUUUUUAUGGCGGAAGUAUGGGUAAUGAGUCAAUUGCUCCUACUAAUUAUGACGAUGAUGCAAGCUUCAUAUGGAAAGGAAGAAUGCAGACAUACAAAAGCACUUUGGGCCUUGUGAAGAGAAUUGAUCUCUCAAGCAAUAGAUUAACAGGGGAGAUUCCAAGUGAAAUCACUCAUCUUGUUGGGUUGAUUUCUUUAAACCUUUCAAGAAACCAAUUAACGGGUCAAAUAACUCCAGAGAUCGGAAACUUGGAGUCAUUGGAUUCACUUGAUUUAUCAAGAAACCAGAUAGAUGGAAGAAUUCCGACAAGCCUUGCUCGGAUAUAUCGUCUUAGUUUCUUGGACCUGUCAUAUAACAACUUGUCUGGCAAAAUACCAACAGGCACUCAGCUCCAAAGCUUUGAUCCCCUUGAUUAUGCUGAAAAUCCUUUACUCUGUGGACCUCCACUUAAAAAAAUGUGUGCUGAUGAAAAUGGGUCAAGUGACUUGAGCAAUGAAGAGGAUAAGGAUGAGUUUAUAACACUGGGAUUUUACAUCAGUAUGGGGAUUGGGUUCGCUGCUGGAUUUUGGGGCAUUUGCGGCACUUUGAUAUUCAACAGGUCAUGGAGAUACGCAUACUUCAAGUUCUUGAAUGAUUUAAAUGACUGGCUUUAUGUGAGGAUAGCUUUGAUCAAGCGGCAACUAAAGUUAGCAUAUGCUUAAUAGAUAAGCUCGUGACGCUGCAGCAUCUAAAUUGGGAGAAAAGUAGCUGUAGCUGAAUGCCUCC